AUGUACUGUGUUGAUUGGUAUUGUGGUGGUGCCGACAGUGACUGGGUGACAAGUGAGGAUUGCCGUAUUGGCAAUGGAGAUGGUGUUGAUGGCAUCAAUUUUUGGCUCUAUACCCAAAACUCACAGUUGAAGAACCAUAUAUGCUCAUUUAUUGGCUCUAUACCCAAAACUCAGAAUUUCAGAUUGUUCUGGCUGAAGCUUCCAAUUCCUGUGAAGCUCCAUUAUCUAAUGCAACUUGGAGGCUCUCCUCAAGUAGUGAUCGUGAAGUACAGCCCUGAAGGUAAACUUUUAAAGAUUUUGGAGGACAGACAAGGAAAAGUAGUUAAAGUUGUGAGCGAAGUCGAGGAGAAGGAUGGAAAGCUUUGGAUUGGAAGUGUUUUGAUGCCAUUUGUUGCAGUUUACAAAUUAGACUAA